AUGAAGAAAGAAAUCGCGAACGAUCCUAGAUCCUCAAUCUCAUCAGUUCACUCCCAGCAACGGCGAUCGACCGAAUCCUGGGCACUCCAAGAUUCUUUCAUCUUUUACUGUCUGGAGCAACAAGGCCCGCUUUUCACCCGACCAUCUUUAUGUUUAGUGGCAGCUUUGGUAGAGGCUAAUAAGCCCGAGGAUGAGGCUAACGCUAUUAUCGAUGCUAUUAAAAAGCUCCUGAAAGAUAUUGGAGUCUUUCAGAAUCAAUGCGUUUACGAAGACUCAGAGGUUAAGCGCAUAGGACGUGAAUGGUUGAGAUCUAUUGGUCGACGAGUGCGCAAAUUGCUUUCGUUGUGUAUGUGUAAAAGGGCGAUUACGACAGAAUCUGUGUUUUUCUGA